UUUCAGCAGCGGGGGUGGGGCGUGUGCGCACUCUCGCGAUACUUGAACGUGCCGCGGCGGCCGGACGGAGGAGAGGUUGGUAAACAGGGCAGCUCCGAGACGGCGGGCACGGAGGGCAGCAGCUCGCCUCCUGGACGUCGGAGCUCCCUCCGGCCCCGCAGGCGCGCUCUCCGCGUCGAGCACGCCCUCCCACCGGCCUUUGGGGCCGGAAGUCCGUCCUGAGCGGCCAAUACCGGCGGCGGCCUCUCCUGGCCGGAAACCCUUUCCUGGGGCUGGGAAGACGGCCUACCUGGCCGGAAGUCCCACCUCUUCGAGGUUCCCCCGCCCUCCAGAAGUUUUUCUGGUACCUGUUUGCCUUCGUUUCUGGUCUCCGCUCUAGUUGUGUCCCAGAGAAAGAUACGUUGUCUCCCCCCCGGCUCCACCGAGCUGCCUUGAGAGCUCACUUCCCGAGUGGGAGCCCCUUCCCCGACGUCCUCAUGUAGUUGAGAAGUGGGACCGGGGGUGGUUGGACCCCUGGGAUCCUGAAGGUUAGGGCGCAGAACUCGGCUUCCGCUCCUGCUGUCAGGACGCCACCUCCGAGCUACCCCUCCCGCUGCCAUGCACCCCGCGGCCUUCCCGCUUCCUGUUGUUGUGGCUACCGUGCUGUGGGGAGCAGCCCCUAUCCGAGGGCUUAUUCGAGCGACCUCAGAGCACAAUGCCAGCAUGGACUUUGCAGACCUCCCAGCCCUAUUUGGGGCCGCCCUGAGCGAGGAGGGACUCCAGGGGUUCCUUGUGGAGGCCCACCCAGAAAAUGCCUGCAGCCCCAUUGCCCCUCCACCCUCCGCCCCAGUCAACGGCUCAGUCUUUAUCGCACUGCUUCGGAGAUUUGACUGCAACUUUGACCUCAAGGUCCUGAACGCUCAGAAGGCUGGCUAUGGGGCAGCUGUGGUGCACAACGUCAACUCCAAUGAGCUGCUGAACAUGGUGUGGAAUAGUGAGGAAAUCCAACAGCAGAUAUGGAUCCCAUCUGUGUUUAUUGGAGAGAGAAGCGCAGAGUACCUCCGAGCCCUCUUUGUCUAUGAGAAGGGGGCCCGGGUGCUUCUGGUUCCAGACAGUAGCUUCCCCUUGGGCUAUUACCUCAUUCCUUUCACUGGGAUUGUAGGACUGCUGGUUUUGGCCAUGGGAGCAGUACUGAUAGUUCGUUGUAUCCAGCACCGGAAAAGACUCCAGCGGAAUCGACUUACCAAAGAGCAGCUGAAACAGAUUCCUACGCAUGACUAUCAAAAAGGAGAUCAGUAUGAUGUCUGUGCAAUCUGUCUGGAUGAGUAUGAGGACGGGGACAAGCUCAGAGUGCUUCCCUGUGCACAUGCUUACCACAGUCGCUGUGUGGACCCCUGGCUCACUCAGACCCGGAAGACCUGCCCUAUUUGCAAACAGCCUGUCCAUCGGGGACCUGGGGAUGAGGAGCAGGAAGAAACUCAAGGGCAAGAGGAAGGUGAUGAAGGGGAGCCGAGGGACCAACCUGCCUCAGAAUGGACCCCGCUCCUGGGCUCUAGCCCUACUGUUCCCACUUCCUUUGGAUCCCUAGCCCCAGCCCCCCCAGUCUUUCCUGGGCCUUCCACAGAUCCCCCACCUUCUCCUUCAUCUGCUGCCCUGGCCUGAUACUCCCAAACUGGUCACCUCUGGUGACCUAUUUGCACACUGUUAUCCAGUCUAAUAAGCUGAGGGAUAGGGGACAUUUCCACUCCAGAUUCUUGAGCCUCUUUCUGUUGAGGAGCUGGGAGCCAUAGGGACAUGGUCUUCACUUCUUCGGUUAAUAAAACUGUUUUGUUUUUUUUUUUUC